AUUGACGCAGAGUCGUGACGUUUCAGGCACACAGGAAGAUAGUUGCCCGAAAGUAAAAACGUUUGGACAACGUGAGUCGUGUGUGUAACUUUUUUUCUUACACAGUGGUUGAGUCCAAUAAAGUCUUAACGCCACUCUGAAAACAUAAACAAUAAGCUUCACCACUGCAAGAAAAGCUUCAGAAAAGGGAAGGCUCGGAUCAUGGCUCUGAACAAGUCCAUGCACCCCCGGAACCGCUACAAAGACAAACCCCCAGACUUUGCUCACCUGGCGGCCAAAUAUCCAGACUUCCAGCAGCACGUACACACCAGCCUCACCGGGCGACCAGUUGUGAACUUCAAAGAGCCGGAGGCGGUGCGAGCGCUGACCUGCACCCUGCUGAAGGAGGACUUUGGUUUGACCAUCGAGAUCCCUCUGGAGCGCCUCAUACCCACCGUCCCUCUGCGCCUCAACUACAUCCACUGGGUGGAAGACCUCAUCGACGGCCAGAAACAACCACGCAGAGGCAUCGACAUCGGCACAGGGGCAUCUUGUAUCUACCCCCUGCUGGGCGCCACAAUGAAUGGCUGGUACUUUCUCGCCACAGAGGUGGAUGACAUCUGCUUUGACUAUGCUACGAAAAACGUGGAGCAGAACAACCUGUCUGACCUCAUUAAAGUUGUCAAAGUUCCCCAGAAGACUUUACUGAUGGACGCCUUGAAAGAAGAGACAGAGAUCGUGUACGACUUCUGCAUGUGCAACCCUCCUUUUUUUGCCAACCAGCUAGAGGCUAAGGGAGUAAACUCCAGGAACUCACGGAGACCUCCUCCCAGUUCAGUGAACACAGGCGGGGUGACGGAGAUCAUGGCGGAGGGUGGUGAACUGGAGUUUGUCAAGAGGAUCAUUCAUGACAGCCUGCAGCUCAAGAAGCGCUUGCGGUGGUACAGCUGCAUGUUGGGGAAGAAAUGCAGCCUGACACCUUUAAAAGAGGAGCUGAGGAAGCAAGGGGUGCCCAAAGUGACCCACACAGAGUUCUACCAGGGACGCACCAUGCGGUGGGCACUGGCCUGGAGUUUCUAUGAUGAUGUUAUCGUUCCGUCUCCUCCCAGUAAGAAGCGUAAACUGGAGAAAGCACGGAAACCUCUGUCGUUCACACUUCCACAAGCUGGGCUGAAGGAGCUCCAGGCUAAGGCCUCUGCUAUCGGCAGCUCUGCCCGAGCCCCUGUGGACAGCAUCGCUGCUCUGCUGGAGAAGACUCUCACUGACCUGCGGGUGCUGCACAAACAUGUCCCCUGCAGAAAGCAGGAGCAGAGCCUCUUUCUGACGGCUGUGGAGAACACAUGGAUCCAUGGGCGGCAGAAACGACGCGAACAAAAGCGUCAAUUACGAGAGCUGCCCAGAGCACCUCACUGUGCUGCGACCAGCUCUCAAACCACUGAGGCCACAGCUGUUCCCACUACAAACCCAUCCUCUCAAAACCAGCCGUCCCCCACAGAAAACACCCAGGACGAUAACACUCAGGACAAAACUGCAGAGGAGAGCAAUGGGGCCUCUUCAAAUGAGACAAGUGUAGAACUAAUGCACAACGCAAGUGGAGAACAAAAAGAGGAAAUUGUAACAGGUAAAGACACAGAGUCUUCUGCCUGCACAGAAGCACCAGCCGCAGCAAGUGAACCACCCUUAAAGCGACCCCUGAGCCCGAGUGCAGUUGAACACUUCCUGUUUAAGUGUCUGGUGAACGUGAUGCUGGAGCAGAGUGAUGUGGUGGUUGAGAUGCACUGGGUAGAGGGUCAGAACAAAGACCUGAUGAACCAACUGUGCACUUACCUGAAGAACACACUUUUAAAGUCUGUUGCAAAGUCCUAAAUGGUUUAAAAAAAAAAAAAAAAAAAGACUCUUGGAAAUAAAAUUUUUAGAGAUUAUUUUCGAGUGCCUGUCUAUUUGGAAGUUUCCUUUUGGGUAGUUUAAAUGAUUAUACUUUACACAACUAUAAACAACUUUUGAGAAGAUAAACGGUUGAAUCCACUGUGACUCCUGGCGGUUUAUACCGUUAGGUAAUCACAACUAUGUGUUAACUGAGGUCAUGUCUAAUUUUCUUGUACUUGUCAGUGUACCUGUACAUUUUUGUGCUCAAAAGUUGUCAACAUUCGGAAUAAAUGUAUGUUUUGUGUAACAUG